AAUAUGAGAGAACUUCUCAAAAUAGUUUUCUCAUCUGCGUCUAACAUGGAAUCAAUUGCUAUUCCUGCUCUUGGAACUGGUAAUCUGCAGUAUCCUGCUGAUGUCGUAGCAAAGACCAUGUAUGAAGAGGCAAUUGUAUUCAGUAAAACUCACCCUCACUGCUCUUUACGGGACAUCCAGUUUGUGGUCUUUCAUAAAGAUUUGAAAACUAUACAGGCAUUUGAAGAUGAGAUCAACAAUUUGAAAUUUCCAACUCGAAAAGAAGCGAAAAAACUGAAGAAAAAACGACAUAAACCCGUAAAAACAGAAUACACAGGAGAUCAGACUAGAAAUGAUGAAGUUUCAUCACCGUACAAAGGUUUCAACAAAGUUGAUAAAUAUCAUGCAGAGAUGAAAGUAGGUAAUAUAACUGUGACAAUUAAAAAAGGAGAUAUAACUCAAGACGAUUCUGAUGCUAUUGUAAAUAUAACAUCGGGCAAUUUUGACUUAAGUAAUGGAGCUGUCUCAAAAGCAAUUCUCAAUAAUGGGGGAAUAGGCAUUCAAAAGGAAUGCCGCCAAAAUAUGAAAUCACCUAAAGAUGAGGUAUGGACAGGCCCCGGAAGAUUGAAUUGUGGUGGUAUUUGUCAUGUACCUACCGAUAGCUUCAGUAAUCUCAAACCAGUCCUGGUUAGAGUAUUGAAAACAGCAGAAAAAAGGCAAAAUGAAACAUUUGCGUUCCCAGCUAUUGGCACAGGAGUCUCAUCUAGAUCAUCCAAGGAGUCAGCAAUGUUCAUUCUGGAUUGUAUCUGUUCAUUUGCGAUAAAACAAAAACCGACCAACUUGCGCGACAUCAGAAUAAUUGUAUUUGAGAAAUCCAUGACUGCUGAAUUUAUAUCUGUAAUGAAAGAGAUAGAGGGGAAACCAUUUCGUCAGAGAAAUUUUCUGCAAAAGGGUUUUGAUUUUGUAAAGUCAUGGAUGGGUGCAGGGGAAGGGGAAAAUGAUGAUGACUCUCCUAUUACCCCAACCCUUACCCUAAAAAUUCUGGCAAUGAACGAGGACCAAAUACAAAAUGCAAAAGACAGCAUACAAUCGAUUAUAUCGCUGGAAACGACAGAAAAGAUCAUUCGUCACGAUGUUUUCAAUCGAUUUACAAACAAGUAUGUAAUGAAGUUAACAGCUAUAGGGGCCAAACAUGAGGUCGUAGUAGAUAUAACCAACAUACGGUCCAGCAAAGUUGAACUACAUGGCAGAACUAAUAAUGUUGCGGAUGCUCAAGGGGAAGUCUUUGAACUCAUUAACAAGUUUCUCGAUGAGGAAAGGGAACAGAAUGAAAAUAAGCUCAUUCUAAAGAAGGUUAAAUGGUAUUAUGCAAGUGAUGACACUGAUCUGGUAGAAUUUGAAGAGGAUAUUGUGAUUUUGCUAGAAAAAGCGUACAAAAAACGAGCCAAAAAAGUAAAGUAUGAUGCUAGUAAUAAUCACUCCUAUGAAGUUGAUCUGGAAUCUAUGGAAGAAACAGAUUUAAAAACAAACCGAUCUGUUCCCGUUAUACGAACAGACCUUACUGCUGGUCAAAUUUUACCUCGUACUUGGUCAACGAUGGCACCAACUGACAAACUGAAAGUUGUUGACCUUAACCAAGGUAAAGAAUAUCAAGAUGUAGAAAGGCAAUUUCUGGCAUCAUUGGCAGGAACAUAUGCACACCAGAGUAUAAAGAUAAGCCGCAUACAAAACAUUGAGUUGUGGAAGCAAUAUGCUGCCAAGAAAGAAGCAUUUGGAAAAGAAAUGCCUGGUAAACAAGUUGAACGAGUUUUAUACCAUGGUACAGAUGAGUCAACGAUUGAUAAAAUUAACAAUGGUGGUUUUAACAGAAGCUAUGCUGGAAAAAAUGCGGCUGCAUAUGGCGCAGGAACUUACUUUGCUGCUAAUGCCUCGUACUCUGCAAGUGACACAUAUUCCAGACCAAAUACACAGGGACAAAAACACAUGUUUUUUUGCCAUGUUCUCGUUGGCAACUAUGCCAGAGGAGCUUCAGGCAUGCUGGCACCCCCAGUACAACCAAACUCAACGUUUCACAGUGUUGUUGAUAAUGUCGCAAAUCCCAGUAUUUUUGUCAUAUUCAAUGAUGUCCAAGCCUAUCCCAGUUACCUGAUUACAUUUAAAUAGGCAUACUUGUAUUCUUUACAGUUUUCUUGUUGUAUGUACAAAACAGUACACAUGACUAAUGAUAUUGAUAACACAAGGAAAGGAGUGGUGAGAGGUCAUAACAAUUUUGUAAAGAAUGGCCUGGAAAGUGAAAGACCAAUACCAAUUAUUAUAUUAUAAUAACAAACGAUAGUUAUAACAUUCAUUAUUCAUAACAACAAAUUUAAAAAUAAUAAAAGUAAACAUCUAAAUUGCUUAAAGUAAUAUUUAAAUGAAUAUGCACCUUCAUAGUUUUUUACUGAAUUUGAAUUUGGUUUGUGGCCAUAGAAAGGAUGUUUUAUGUUUAACUCUUGAGAAUUUACAGUAGAUAAUAUUGAUGCUGAGGCUAUUACAUGUAUAAGAUAUUCCUACCACUAAGGAACAAAAAUACUAUACAAGAUCUAAUGAUGUCUUGUCUUUGGAAAAACCCAAAACGGAGUAAAAAAAAGCGACGUUUUUCGUAUCGUGGAGCCAAAUUAUGGAAUAGUCUUGAAAGUGCAGUUCAAAAUGCAACAUAUGUUUAUUCAUUUAAACAGCUAUUACCCAGUGGUUAAGUUUUUUAAUUUGUUUAUGUUUACUUUUAUAAAAAUUGUUCAGUAAAUGGUGUUAAUCUUUUUAUUAUUUUAUUAAUAUCAUGGCCUUGUAGAAGAACACCUUCAGGUGAUACAAGUUUUUCCUUGUUUAAACAAAGCCUUUAUUAUUAUUAUUAUUAUAUGCUUUUGCCAUUUGAAUGUCAUAAUGUUUACCAGCAACAUAUA